UGGUAGGAAACGAGCUGAAAAGGCAAAGUGAAGUUGCAGCCGGUGAGAGCGAAAGAGAGAGCGGGGAACAGCCCUCCAACUGAGAGAGACACCCAGCUGCCUGUAUGACACUUUGAACUCUCUGUGAAAGAGAGAGCGAGAAAAACAGAGCGAGAGAGAGGAAGAGACAAGCACAGAAGGAGAAAUAGCCGAAAGCCAUCUGCAACAGAAGGAGUGGCAGAGCAGAGAGACAGAGGGGUGUUUGCGGUUCUCUGAGGAAGUGUUCUGGAAUGCCCGUGACAUAAUGAGGGCCGCGAGUGGAACCCCACGCGAAGACGCCUGGGAGGGGCGUGUCUGGAUGAUGCCUGUAUCGAGGAGGAGCUUGCAGAGAGUCACUUCCUGUCAGCACGCCGUUCCCGCCAGCAAACUGCCACCUCACUGACGACCAGCCUUCGGUGGUGUGUCCUGGGAAGGUGUUGAACGACACCCCCCUUCUAUUCCCGCACUCCUCGCCUGCUGUCUGGGGAUGCUGUUUCUGGUUCGGAGAGGCAGCUGCGGGGAUGGAUGGGCACCUGGGGUAGAGGCAGGGGAGCAGAACUCCACCGUGGGGCAGAUGCGGCACAGCCAGGAGAGAGUUGGAGGACAGGAGGGGUGCUGUGCUUCUGUGCUCCCUGUAGGGACGCGUCUCUGUCAGACUGGCAGCAGAGCAGUGACUCUUUAGGCACGAGCACUCUCUAAGCGAGAGUCGCCCUGUGUCAAUCUUUUUGCACUUUUUUUCCCAUUUGUACAUUUUUACUUGACCCUGGUGCACACAAGCAGAUCACAAUCAGUCGAACGAAGGAACUAUGCGACACAUUCACGUGGAAGUAGCACGCAAGGAUGCCCCGGUGGACCUCCCAGCCCAGGAGGGGGCCCUGCCGCUCCCUGGCGCCCAGAGAGCGGCCGUGGACCCCGGGGCGAGACCGGGGCCUCUGCGACCCUUCGGGGAGGAGGAGAUCAAACUGCAGAAGGUGUACCAGCUGUCAAUCUUCUCCCAGAGGGGGGGCUACAUUGACCCCCUUGACGGACAGCGGGCCUCGAGGCCUGGGGUGAAGAGGGGUCUGGAGGGGGCCCUGGCGAAUCACAAGCGCCCCCACCUGACAGGUCAAUCGUGUGCCGAGUCAUCGCAGGAGGAGGAGUCGGACGGUGACGUGCUGUGCGGCCCUGGACAGCACUUUUCCCACACGGCCGCGAGCGUGAUAGAGCACAGAGACUGCGCACCAAACCACAGCCCAAAUGGACAGGCAACGCCCCCCCUCCCAACCUCCCCCACCCCCGGCAGACGCCCCGCACUGCACAACCACCACAGACCUGUCCCCGAUGCCCAGAGCCCACUCUUCCCUCGGCCUCAGCUCCUAGCUGAGCCACACUCUCCACUUUCCCCCAGGUCCCAGCUGCAGGCCGACCUCCAGAACGCGGCCCUGCCCAGGGCACAGCCCUUCAUUGAACUUGGAGCCCCACCCUCUCCCAGAUCCCAGUCCCAGACCGAUUUCCACUCACCACUGUCCCCCAGAUUUCAGCCCCUGACUGACUUUCAGUCUCCCCUGUCCCCCAGAUCUCAGCCCCUGACUGACCUUCAGUCUCCUCUGUCUCCCAGAUCUCAGCCCCUGAAUGACCUCCAUUCUCCACUGUCCCCCAAAUCUCAGCCCCUGAAUGACCUCCAUUCUCCCCUGUCUCCCAGAUCUCAGCCCCUGAAUGACCUCCAUUCUCCCCUGUCCCCCAGAUCUCAGCCCCUGAAUGACCACCAUUCUCCCCUGUCCCCCAGAUCUCAGCCCCUGACUGACCUUCAGUCUCCCUUGUCUCCCAGAUCUCAGCCCCUGAAUGACCACCAUUCUCCCCUGUCCCCCAGAUCCCAGCCCCUGACUGACCUUCAGUCUCCCCUGUCUCCCAGAUCUCAGCCCCUGAAUGACCACCAUUCUCCCCUGUCUCCCAGAUCCCAGUCCCAGACCGAUCUCCACUCCCCAUUGUCCCCCAGAUCUGAGCCUCUGGCCGAUCUCCAGGCUCUGCACUCUUCCCAAACCCGUGACCCCAUGACCCUCGGCCUCUUGCCCAGGACUGAGCCCCCACCAGCGGGCAGAGCUCCAAGCUGCACUCCAGGGCAGCACAGCGGUGAGGACUGUUACAAUGAGAGCUUAACAGGGCUCCAGGCCGAUCGGACACUCCAUCACCUAGGGGACUCUCUACCCACGGACCACCUGGGCCCCAAUGAGGCAAGGGACUGGGUGGAAGGCCUAGAAUCGUCUCCAGAACGGAGGGCUACCCAGGCGGACUCCACCAACGGCCUCCCCUCCUCAGAGAAGACCCCCUGUGGCCCUCAAACACUCCUCCCAGGGGGCACCACGUCCCCCUGUGGGUCUGGUACCUCCUGCCCUGCCAAGAAGAGGCUCCUGUCCUCCAGCGACACAGGGGACUCCUGCUCAGAGGACGAGGGCCCAUCUACCUCCAAGCGGAGCCGCCUGGCACUGCUGGCCCCCGGCCUGGGCCUUGGAGCCUGUCGCAGCACAGACGCCAAGGGCGCCCCCUUCUGGAACCACCUCCUGCCCUCCGCUCGCGAGAGGCCCAAGAGCGCCACAGAUGGCACCAGAGCAGGAAGGAGACUGAGCUGCGGGACCCGGCUGAAAUCACGUCAGCUGCGCAGUGGGCGGCGAUCGGAGCCCUGUCGCUCUGGGCGCUCCAGCUGGCCCUCCGCCUCCGUCAGCCACGCCCUCCUGGGAAACUUUGAGGAGUCCAUCCUGAAGGGCCGCUUCUCCCCAUCGGGCCGGAUCGAGGGCUUCACUGCAGAGAUUGGGGCGAGCGGCUCUUACUGCCCGCAGCACGCCACCCUGCCCGUCCAGGUCACCUAUUAUGACAUCUCUGAGCACAGCGCACCGUCACCCUUCCUGGGUGUGAUCUACCUGGAGCCACUGGGAAAGAAAGGGUACAGUGUACCCAAAGCAGGGACCAUCCAAGUGACCUUAUUCAACCCCAACAAAACAGUGGUUAAGAUGUUCCUGGUGACGUAUAACUUCGGGGACAUGCCUGUCAAUCAUAUGACUUUCCUGCGCCAUCGUAUCUUCCUGGUGCCAGUGGAGGAGGGGGAGGGGAAAGGAGAGAAGUCAGAAGGAGGGGCCACGGACAGGAAGAAGAUCCUCUGCUACCUGAUACACCUCAGAUUCCAGAGCUCCAAAUCUGGGAAAAUCUACUUGCACGAUGAUAUCCGGCUGCUAUUCUCCCGCAAAUCCAUCGAGGUGGACACGGGGAUCCCCUAUGAGCAGAAGUCCUUCACCGAGGUGCCAAGAAACCCAAAAUACUCUCCCAGGGUCUGAACCCAGCCAUUGCUGCUCCCUGGAGGUCAUUGCUGGCAGACAGGGGACAGAUAGCGACUGUUCAUAUAAGGACAAAAACACAAUAAACCAAGGAAACUUGAAAGACAAACACACACGCACACACAUACAUCACAUCACAAAAUUCUCUUUGGUUUCAGUGUUAACAUGCAUGCCUUGUAACAAAGUCCUCUUCUUAGUGCCAUUUUUAUAGUUAGAGCAAGUGCCCUUCGUUCUGUCUGCAUACCCAACCCCCCAGACUGCAACCCCAGGCUUGGGCCUGGCCCCCUGUCAAGUGGACCAAUAACAACCGCACACCCUGAACCAGUCGCUCAACUACACACGCGGCAUCCCUCCCCUCUCAUGGACUCCCUGCUGUCUGAGAGAGAAGAUCCACCACUGGGACAUAACAGAGGGGAAAUGGUUCCCCUUUAAGAGCCUGGGAAUGGGUGAGAGUGCAGAAGGACCGUGGAGUGUCGUUAUUUGCGGUUUCACGCAGGAGUAAACCUACAGGAGUCAGCUCUGUGGGGUGGAGUGACCUCACAGGCCACACAAAUGAAGGGGUGCCAUCAUUUGACACACAUGCUGCCAUGUUGUCCAAACAUCUUCCUCUUUGGCGAAGUCCCAUACAGAGUGACUCUGAGGGCUGUGUGAUGGGAUCUACCACUGUUUGUCCCAGCC